GAGAGCAACACCAGGUUCAUCACACUGAACAGGAAGCCCAGGAAUGUCAUCAGAUUGGGUGCAAACCAACGGGGGAAGAACUAAUUCCUCAGCGUCCUCCUGGCUGCAAAUACAGAGUAUCUUGAACAGUGUGAAUCAUAUACUCAUCUUUCUGGUGGCCGCAUUCUUCUUUGUGCUGGCCAAAAGUUUGGACUUCAAGGACACUGCUAUGCACAUGUUUAUGACAGGCAUUGGCUUUCAUGUACUUAUGGCCCAGGCGCUGAUGUCACACUACAAAGUUAACCCGAUAACCCGUUGGAUUUCGCAUAAAAACAAAUCCCGUUACCAUGGCCUGCUGCAGCUUGUAGGUGGUGUCAUGGUUCUGCUGGGCGGCUUGGGCAAGUUUUCUCAGAAAGAUGUUCACUUCAAUACCUGGCAUGGCAGAUUUGGUGUGGCAGCUACCUUUGGAUGUGCGGCGAGCAUUGUAGGUGGAUUGGUUAACUUCUAUCAGCCCAAGAUUGUGCUUAAGAAACUGCCACCCUCUGAACUACGAUUCCGUCACAAUGUAUUUGGAUUGCUCACUUUUACGCUAGGCAUGGUUGCCAUAUACCUUGGUUACUAUUCGAAGUUCUUUACUCGCCAUGUGGAUAAUGAGUUCAUCCCAGCCCUAAUGCUAACCACUACCUUGGUAUAUUUCCUGACUAUUAUUGGACCUACUGGAUCCCUGCUGACCAAACUUAAAUACCGAAGACAAAAGCAACAGCCGCAGUAGUGGAAAAAAGGUUUGUCAUGUAAACUUUUUUCAAUGUUGGAUGAAUGAGGCUACUAUGUACAAUGGGGACUUUUGUAUACGAGUAAUAUAUAGAAAGUCAAGUCAACUUUUGAAUUCGCUUGGCUGCUUGCCAAAGAAAAUAUUUGGCUGCAUUGUUAAUUGGAAAUGCGAUGCAGAAUGCAGACAUCAGACAUAUUAUGGCACUACUAUAUUAUAAUGAUAUAUGUUGACAAUGUCGCAAUCGUAAAAGGUGAAAUGGAUUUGGGUUUGGGUUCAACUUACAAUGAUGUUUAUAUGUAAUGUAUAUAAAAUUACUUAUAUUGAAACUGUAAGGUAUUAUUAACAUGUGCUAAUAUAUAUUUAAAUAAUAAAUGUUUGUUUUGAUUGUA